GCCGCCAUACUCUCGUCUGUGUUUGCAGUUUCCAUUCGCACGAAGCCGAGGCGAGGAUACCGACAGUCAUAACCAGGUUCAUGAUGGCAUCAACAAUGAUCUCAGUGCCCACCACGGCAUCACGCUUCGCUCUGCUGCAGGUCGACUCUGAUUCUGACACCGAUUCGGAUGCAGGAAAGCCAAAGGCCGGUCGUGGAGCUGGGAAGCCUCGCUCUGGGAAAUCUCCAAGCGGGAAGACCAACCAAAAUGCAGACAAAAAGAAAGAGAAGAGAAGACGAAAGAAGGAACAGCAGCAGAGUGAAGCCAAUGAGCUCAGGAGUCUUGCUUUUAAGAAGAUCCCUCAGAAGUCUGCGGUACCUCCCUCCACACUCACGCUCCAGGAUUUAGCGAAUGAUCUGGUCAACCCGGCAGCUGUCCAGCAUGGCUCCAAGCCCCAGGAGAACUGGCAGGAGUGGAAACAGAGAGAUGAACAGUUGACCAGUGACCUGUAUGAGGCAGACCUUGAGAAGGCCUUGAUUCUGAGUAAAUUGGAAUUUGAGGAACAUAAAAAGGAUCCUGAAAAAACAGAGACGGCAUCGCCAAAGACAAAGGCAGGAGGAAAGAAGGACAGGAAGAAGAAUCAGCAGGGGAAAGACAAACGAGUCACUGUAUCUCUCAAAGACUUCCAGCAGGAGGGUGGUGUGGAUCAGCAGAAUAAGAAGCCUGACAGAGAGCCUGUGAAUCCUGCGCUGCGUGACGACAAGUUUUUCAACCAGCUAGAGGAUGAUGUGAGCAAGAUCGUCCAACGGGACAAACGCAGAGAGCAGUACAGCAACAGCGCCGGUCAUGAGGUCAACACAUCCUCAGAGCAGGAGCAGGAUGUGAGAACUGAACAGUUAAAAUAUGAACUGGAAAAGAAAGACCAGGAAAUUGGAAAGUUGAAAAAGACGAUUUCACAAUGGGAGGAAAGAUACAAGGAAGUGAAGGCCAGAAACGGUCAGCUGCUUAAAAUGCUUCAACAGGGAGAAAUGAAGGACAAAGCUGAAAUUCUGCUGCAGGUGGAGGAGCUCCUAAACAUUAAAGAGGAGUUGUCCUCGCAGGUGUCACAAUUGCACACAGCUCUGGAACAAGAGAGGUCAAAAGUGAAGGGCUUACAGUCAGAGCAACCGAAACAUCAGGGGAACCGGAAGGGUAAAAAAGCAUCAGAAGGGGAUGUAUGAAGAUGCAUGUUAAAGGACAGACAGCUUGAAUGCCUUUUGUCAAGCUGCUAAUAUCUUUAAUAUCUGUUCAAAACACCACACACACUCUUAACCAAACUACCACCAUCAUACAUGCAUUUUGUUUUCCUGCUUAUUGCUGCACAGUUCUGAUUACCGUGGCUUAUGAUAACAACAGAGGAUGAUUUUCUCUGGAACGGACGUUCAUCUGUCAGUGCCACUGGAUUUACACUGUAGAAUAAAUCCACUUCUGUUCUGUGCACUAUCGAUGAAAGGUAUACAAUCUUGAAUUCUUUUCAAUAAAGAUGUUAAUCUUA